AUGUUCAAAAUCGCAGCAAAUGUGAGAACGUUUGUGGAAGGUAGUAUGGAGAACUGGAAAACGGAGUUAACAUCUUCGGGAGAAAGCCUAGGAAAUGUGAAUAUAAGACGAGGUAUUUUAUCUCCUUUGAUAUUUGUGAUGUGCAUGAUACCAUUAAGCUUGAUACUGAGAAAGGAAAAGGUAGGGUAUGAAUUUCGCGGAAAAGAACUCAAAAUCAACCAUCUUCUAUUCAUGGAUGAUCUGAAGUUGUUUGGAAAGAACAAGGAGCAAAUAGACUCACUGGUGAAAACUGUCCACAUUGUUAGCAAAGACAUUGGAAUGGAAUUUGGGAUAAAAAAAUGUGGAAUAAUGCUUGUAAUGAAAAGAGGAAAGAUUGUGGAAUGUAAUGGAAUACAGCUACCUGAUGAGGAAACAAUAAAGUCCGUAGAAGAAGAUGGAUAUAAAUAUCUAGGUAUACUGGAAUUAGAUAAAAUUAUGGAGGGUGAAAUGAAGAGAAAGUUUGUAAAGGUUACGGGAGGAGAUUAA